AUGAAGAAAUCACUGUAUAAUUUCAGGUUAUCAUCGCCAGCUCCGCCACCUCCAGCCUAUGAGAAUACGGUGCGACAUAGUCAGACUCCCUCAACGGCUUCAACAAUGCUGGUUGGAAAUCGAGGAGCAAGUCCUAAGGUGAUUCAAUCCCUCAAUAAUGCUUUGAGCGGACGAGGACAUCAAUUCCAACAUGUUCAUUUAAAUGCCCCGACAAAAUGUGGACAUUGUACUUCAAUUCUAGUGGGACUGGAUAGGCAAGGUCUGUAUUGUCAAACUUGUCACUACGCCUGUCAUGUUCAUUGUUCGUCACGAGCUGUGCCACAGUGUCCAGUACCACCUGACGCUCGAAGACCCUUAGGC